AUGGCCCCAUUAAGCGAAGUGAUAAAGAUGCUCGUAGGCCAAGCAUUUGGUAGGACUUGGGUUCCGGAAACCAAUCUGAAGGAGAAAACAAUCGUUGUGACAGGUGCGAAUACCGGUCUUGGUCUGGAAUGUGCGAAGCACUUAGCUCGCAAAAACGCAGCUACCAUCAUUCUCGCUUGUCGCGACACGAAGAAAGGCCAAGCUGCCGUAGAAACGAUCUAUCGAGAUACCUCUUGCACAGGCCACACCAAUAUCGAAGUCUGGGAACUAGACCUUGCCAAUUACCAAUCUGUACUAGCUUUUGGUGAGCGAGUUCGCACUCAACUUCCCCGUCUCGAUGCGUUCAUAGCGAAUGCUGGCAUGGAAUUGCAAGAGUUCAGGAAGGCAGAAGAUCUCGAGAUACACUUGACCGUCAACGUUGUAUCAACCUUCCUUGGCGCCAUUGCCGUCCUUCCCAAGCUCCAGGAAACAGCCAAGACGCAUGAUGUGCAGACUUCAUUGACGUUCUGUGGCUCAAUGUAUCACAUCUUUGGUCCGGAUGAUGAGUUUGAAGCUGGCUUACCGGAUGACAAAGACAUGUUCGAAGAGCUUAGCAACCCUGUGAGGACGGACAUCAUCUGGCGCUAUGCCUUGAGCAAGCUAAUGGACCACCUUUGCUUCCAUGAACUCACCAAAACGCUCUCGGAAAGUGCGACAGACUAUUCCCAGGUGGUAGUGAACCUCAUCAACCCAGGGUGGUGUGGUACUGAGCUGUCGCGCGCCAAACCACAUCCCUUUGGAGAGCGAGUAGCUUUUGCGUUGAUGGGCUGGACUGCUGAGAAAGGGAGUCGCGCCUAUGUUCAUGCAAUAGUGGUGGGCAAGGAAAGUCAUGGAAAGUACCUAUCGGAGUGUCAAGUCAAGCAAGAGUCUCAGUUUGUACAGAGUGAAAGGGGUCGACACAUUCAAGAGAAGGUAUGGAAAGACUUGGUGAGCAGAUUUGGCAAGAUUUCUCCCGAGAUUAUGAGCUUCAUUGGCUAG